GCAUCCAGGUCGCAUCGCAUCGUUGUGUGGACGUCGUGGAUCACUGUUCAUUUUGAAUCUCAACCCCGGGUGGAUUUUAUCGCUUCAACCAUGUCAACAGCACUGGAGAGUUAUAUUAACCGAACCGUAGCAAUCAUCACUUCGGAUGGGAGGAUGAUAGUGGGUACACUGAAGGGCUUUGAUCAGACUAUCAACCUAAUCUUGGACGAGAGCCACGAGCGAGUGUUCAGCUCAACGCAGGGCGUGGAGCAGGUGGUUCUAGGACUGUACAUCGUCAGAGGAGACAACGUCGCGGUGAUUGGAGAGAUCGAUGAAGACACAGACUCGUCGCUGGACCUCAGCAACAUCCGAGCAGAGCCCCUCAACUCUGUAGUGCACUAAAAUACCCUGCCUUACCCCCCCAAUCCCCUCACCCGCCCCCAUACACUUCCCUGACACACACACACACACACACACACACACACACACACACACACACACACACACACACACACACACACACACACACACACACACACACACACACACACACACACACACACACCAAUUUUUAUGAAGCAAGCAUUUUCAAUGUAGGGUAUGUAGUACACACCAACCAAGUGACACUGCUUCAUGUUAAAUCCUACCAAGCAAAACACCUUCUUGUGCUGUAGGUGGCAGUGAAAUCACUCCUAACUCCUUAAUCGGAUGUAUGUUUUGUUGCCGUUGAUGAGAGUUGUCAAUCUCUAGUUCAGAGAGUUAAAAACCCAUGGCACAUGUUUUAUCCAAGCUCCUGUGAAUGGGAUGAUCGCAACAAGCACUCAAGGUCGGUGGAUCAGGAUGCUAUUUGAAAUCUGGGUAACACUUUACUUGACGCCGGCAUCAUACGUAUGACAUAACAGUGUCAUAAUAGUGUCAUGAACGAGUCACAAACUUAAUGCCAAUGUCAUAAAUGUUUUAUGACCAUGACAAGUUGACAUUGUUAGGCCUGUCUUUGUCAUAACCGAAUUUCACCUAAAGACAAAGUCAUACAAUGUUUAUGUUGACAUAAUGUUUAUGACACAGUCAUGACUGUGUUAUGACAAUGUUAUGGCACCGUUAUGUCAUACGUAUGACGACGGCGUCAAGUAAAGUGUUACCGAAAUCUGUCAUGGUUUUUACUCUGUCAACCUGAGAUGAAUGUCUGUUGUUGACAAGGCAAAGGAUUUUAGUUGGAGUCCCCAUCAUGGAAAAAAUGGAACAGAAUGUCUUUUUUAAUUUCUAUUCUGUUCUACUGGGAUGCUUCUGUUAUAGAGUCCUUUUGGCAGGCCAGGGCUUUGGUCAUAGCAAUUGGCAUUGUUUGAGUUUUACCAAUCUGUUCAAAGUUAACAAACCCUGCUCAUUGUGUUGGCAUGUAUACAAUUGAAGAACCUUUCGGAACAUUAUUGUCCUUUUUUUACUGCACGCAAAUAAAAGUGUUUAAUAUUUA